AUCUGUAAUUUCCCGAGAGUUCAGAAUGGAUUUUUGGGCAACAGAUGAUUCUUCGAGUUGGCAGGAUGAACCUUGGUCUCAAAAGCUACACAAAACAUUAUUCACUUAUCAUGAAAAGCAAAAAAUGAAGAAGGUCAAGAAACCUGGCUUAGAAACUCAAUCCAUGAAAGAGAAGAAAAGACAACAUGCCGAAGAAGAUAGAGGUGAUGAACAAGAAGGAGUUUCGAAAAAAAAGAAAAAGAAAGGAAAUGUGAGACUCGGACCUGAAAAUGGAGAUGAUGAUGGUGGUGUCCAGAAUCUUGGGGGCACUGAUGAGAGGACAGAACAACUCCAACCUAAUAAGUCAAAUACAGCUUUGAAACUUACUAAGCCUGUUAAACAAAAAAGUGAUAUUCCCUCUACAGAAGUAAACAAAAUUGAUAAUCCUUCACCACAUUCAGAAGAGGUGAAAGCAAAGAAGAAGAGAAAGAGAAAACCUAGAAAUAAUAAAUUCAAAGAUCAAACCUUGUCUACAGAAGCUAUGAAGAGUACAGCAUCAGUAGAUACCAUUGAGAGUCAGACCACUGAAGUAAUAGGAAGCUGUUUGGAGUCAUCUGAUCCAAAGCUGUCGGGGAAAGAAAGAAGAAAGUUGAGGAGGAAACUGGCAAAGCAACAGUUGAGAGCUGCGAAGCAAGAAGAAGCAAAGAUAAAUGAGGAAAAAAUCAGUGAUGAUUCUAAAAAGAAUAAAGUCAAGAAGUCAUUGGAGCAACCUUGUGAAGAGGACAGUGAGCCCAAAGGUAAAGAUGAAGAUGAUGUACCUGUUAUCAGUUCUAAUGGGGAUGUGUCUUCCAACCUCAUCCUAGCCAACACCAGGAGAAAAACACAGAUGAAACCUGAUGUUAGUCUCAAGUCCCAGAUGGAAUCACAGCUAAAGUCUUCCCAGUUCCGCUUCUUGAAUGAACAAUUGUAUAAAGUGACUGGGGACAAGGCCAAAGAGAUGUUUGCUUCUGAUUCAACAGCUUUCUUGACCUACCAUGAAGGGUUCACCCAGCAGGUUACACAGUGGCCUUCAAACCCAGUUGACAUCAUCAUUGAUGCCUUGAAGAAAAGACCAGCUUCCUUGGUGAUUGGAGAUUUUGGAUGUGGGGAUGCAAAGAUAGCUCGCUCAGUGAAGCAGAAAGUUCAUUCCUUUGAUCUGUAUCCUAUCAAUCAACAUGUGACUGUAUGUGAUACAAAGAAGGUGCCGUUGAAGGAUGGUGUCCUAGACAUUGCAGUGUUUUGUCUUUCAUUGAUGGGCACUAAUUGGAUGGAUUACGUGAAGGAAGCCAAUAGAGUACUCAAAACAGGGGGUCUUUUGAAAGUUGCUGAGGUUGCUAGUCGUUUUACCUCUCCUGCCUCCUUCCUAUCUGUCAUGAAAUCUUUAGGGUUUCAGCUCAAGACCAAGGAUGUAUCCAACAAGAUGUUCUAUCUGUUUGACUUCAAGAAAAAGCAAGUAGUGACCAGCAUACCUGCUGUGAAAGGACCUAUCCUAAAACCAUGCCUGUACAAAAAGAGAUAGCAUCUUCCAUCCAGAUUAUCCAUAUUGGACAGAUAGAUUAACAUAAGUUAUCUAAAGAGUCCAACGAGAUGUAUGUCACGAAGAUGCAAGUAGUGUCAUCUGUGCCUGCUGCAGAACAAUUCAUCUUGUAGCCAUGAUUGCACGAGAGGAGGACUGUCCUUGUACAAGCCAAUAAACUGCAAUCUACCAAGGAAGAAGCCAGAUCACAGAGCUGAUAUUUUUUUCUAGAUUAUACAUGAGAACCAGGGCCUUGUUUCAUUGAACUUGAUAACAAUAGUACGUUACAUUGGCUGUUUCAAGCUUCCGUAUUCAGGACAUGCUGUUGGCUGAGAGCCAAUUUUAUGUAUAACAAUUUUCAUGAAAUAGGGCCAUUAAUCUUUGAAGCCCACUACAUACCAUGCAGUCUUAUUAUGGUCUUGGGUUAACAGUCAGUCGGCAAGCCCUGAAAAAGUAGCUUCUUUUAUCCAAGUGAUAUUCAUGACUAAAGGGUUUUUGCAUAGU